UGGAAUCUGGAGAGAAUGGGGACGCUCGACAGGCUGCUCCAGGAGGAAAUCCAGGGCGAGGCGCGGCUCCUCGAUGAUCCCGUACAGGACGGCGACGAGGAGAGCGCGCAGGUCGGGAGGAUCAUUUACAAGGCUUCAUUCGAGGAGAUGGAGGACCGAUUUGUGAACUACGACUCUGUCCAAUGGUGCUUGAUCUCGCUGCUGCUAGUUCUCGCUUGGGGAGCGGGAAUUUUUAUGCUUCUCUACUUACCCGUGAGGAGAUCCAUCAUGAGGAGCGAUUUUAGAUCACGAAAGCUCUAUGUGACCGACAAUGCGAUUGUCUACAAGGUCUCGAGACCAGCUUGGUUUCCAUGUUUUGGAGUGAAUCGAACGGAAAAAUGCCUGAUGCUACCUCUCGUGACUGACGUUGUCAUCGAGCAAGGAUGCAUGCAAUCGGCUUUCAACCUUUCAUCUCUAAGGAUCGAAAUUGCCGGGAGAUCCAAGCCUUCUCCGAGCGACGACGUGCAGAUUCAAGGACUGGCAAAUCCUACGCUCUUCCGAAAAGUUGUGCUGAUGGUUGCUUCCAGUUUGAAGCCUCUGCCUCGUCUCAAUGAUCACGACGUGGAAGACCUUCCUGUCCAGCCUUCCUUGAGCAAAUCGAGUGCUUGGACUUGGGGCCAAGGCACUGGAUUGUCUUCCUGGCAGAUGGGCUAUUUGCCUCUCAAAGAAGAAGCUGGCUAUAGCUACAGUGACAACAGCAGCGAGAAGCUCUUCGAGAAGCUUGAGGACAUAAGAAACUCUCUCAAGAGAAUAGAAGUUCUCGUUGAAGCUCAACAGCAAUCACCAAAGCGUUGAACGAAACGUACGAGGAUUUGGAAUCCAUGUUAUGUGUAUAGAACAAAUUGGAUCCGUGGCGCAAUGUUAUGUUCAUGUAAGUAAAUGAAAAGUUAAAACUGAUUUCUUCUUGUUUA